CUGUGUCCGAGCUCAGAGCAAGUGCAUGCGUUUCAGUUGCACCCUUGAGGAGACGGUCCGGAGUGAAGCCUACAACCUGAUUUUCUCUCUUUUCAAUUAAAGGCAAGUAGCGAAUCUGAAAAUGAGAGCCCAAAAAGAAGAGGCCAGAAGCAAAUGAAAAAAACAAAUAAGUGGAAAAGAGAGGUCUCUGGUGAAGAAGAGGAUGAAGAUGGAAGGGAGCAAGGCACUAGUGGAGAGAGUGAGCCCGAACCGAAGAAAGUUAAAGCAAGAAGACCUGCCCAGAGAAGAACAGUGGCCAAACCCAGUGUUAAAAAGGCUCACAAACGCCAGUGUGGGAAGAAGAGAAAGAAACCAGACUCAUCUGAAGACGAUGAUGACGAUGAAGAUGAUGAGACCCCCAAGAGACAAACUCGACGGAGGGCAGCCAAAAAUGUCAGUUACAAAGAAGAUGACGAUUUUGAGACGGAUUCUGAUGACCUGAUAGAGAUGACUGGGGAAGGAGCUGAAGAACAACAAGAUAACAGUGAAACUAUUGAGAAGGUCUUGGACAUCAGGCUUGGAAAAAAAGGAGCCACUGGUGCUUCCACCACCGUGUACGCAACUGAAGCCAACGGCAACCCAAGCGCUGACUUUGAUCCUGAGAAGGAUGAGGGAGAAGUUCAGUACCUGAUCAAAUGGAAAGGCUGGUCGUACAUCCAUAGCACGUGGGAGAGUGAAGAGUCCCUUCAGCAGCAGAAAGUGAAGGGCCUGAAAAAGCUCGAAAACUUCAAGAAAAAAGAGGAGGAGAUCAAGCAAUGGCUGGGCAAGGUAUCACCUGAAGACGUGGAAUAUUUCAACUGCCAACAAGAGCUAGCUUCAGAGCUGAACAAACAGUAUCAGAUAGUGGAGAGAGUAAUAGCCAACAGUCGCAAAACAUCCUCAAAUGACCCCGAAUACCUGUGUAAGUGGAUGGGGCUGCCCUACGCCGAGUGCAGCUGGGAAGAUGAGGCUCUGAUAAGCAAGAAAUUUCAGCACUGCAUCGACAGCUUCAACAAUCGUAACAACUCCAAAAUGAUUCCGACCCGGGAUUGCAAGGUUUUGAAGCAGAGACCGAGGUUCGUUGCCUUGAAGAAACAGCCUUCUUACAUUGGCAGUGAGAACCUGGAGCUACGAGAUUACCAGCUGGAGGGCCUCAACUGGCUCGCUCACUCGUGGUGCAAGAGCAACAGCGUGAUCCUGGCCGAUGAAAUGGGCCUGGGCAAGACAAUUCAGACCAUUUCAUUCCUGUCGUACCUCUUCCAUCAGCAUCAGCUCUAUGGCCCUUUCCUGGUGGUGGUACCUUUGUCCACACUCACUUCAUGGCAGCGAGAGUUUGAAGUGUGGGCACCUGAGAUCAAUGUGGUGGUUUACAUCGGAGACCUCAUGAGCAGGAACAUGAUACGUGAAUAUGAGUGGAUCCACUCUCAGUCUAAAAGAUUGAAAUUCAAUGCACUUAUCACAACAUACGAGAUCCUUCUCAAGGAUAAGGCUGUUUUGGGAAGUAUUAACUGGGCCUUCCUAGGCGUGGAUGAAGCCCACCGGUUGAAGAAUGAUGAUUCUUUGCUGUACAAAACGUUGAUUGAUUUCAAGUCCAAUCACAGGCUGCUGAUCACCGGCACCCCGCUUCAAAAUUCACUCAAAGAGCUCUGGUCCCUGCUGCAUUUCAUCAUGCCAGAGAAGUUUGAGUUCUGGGAGGAUUUUGAAGAAGAUCAUGGAAAAGGUAGAGAGAAUGGCUACCAGAGCCUUCACAAAGUCCUGGAGCCAUUUCUCCUGCGCAGAGUGAAGAAGGAUGUGGAGAAAUCUUUACCAGCCAAAGUGGAGCAGAUCCUCCGGGUGGAAAUGUCUGCUUUACAGAAACAGUAUUACAAGUGGAUUUUGACAAGAAACUACAAAGCUCUUUCAAAGGGAACAAGGGGGAGCACAUCUGGCUUCCUGAACAUUGUGAUGGAGUUGAAAAAGUGCUGCAACCAUUGCUACCUUAUCAAACCUCCUGAGGAAAACGAGAGAGAGAAUGGACUUGAGACCCUGCAGUCUCUGAUCAGGAGCAGUGGAAAGCUGAUUCUCUUGGACAAGCUGCUGACCAGGCUGCGGGAGAGAGGCAACAGGGUGCUGAUCUUCUCCCAGAUGGUGAGGAUGCUGGACAUCUUGGCAGAGUACCUGACUAUCAAACACUACCCUUUUCAGCGCUUGGACGGCUCAAUCAAAGGGGAGAUCCGAAAGCAGGCGCUGGACCACUUCAACGCUGACGGCUCAGAGGACUUCUGUUUCUUGUUGUCAACGCGAGCUGGAGGGCUGGGAAUUAAUUUAGCCUCUGCUGAUACUGUUGUUAUCUUUGACUCGGACUGGAACCCCCAAAAUGAUCUUCAGGCUCAGGCUCGCGCCCACCGGAUUGGACAAAAGAAGCAGGUGAAUAUUUACCGCCUGGUCACAAAGGGUACAGUAGAAGAGGAGAUCAUUGAGAGGGCCAAGAAGAAAAUGGUGCUGGAUCAUUUGGUGAUCCAGCGCAUGGACACCACUGGCCGGACUGUUCUGGACAACAACUCUGGGAGAUCUAACUCAAAUCCUUUCAACAAAGAGGAGCUGACAGCUAUUCUGAAGUUUGGAGCUGAAGAUCUUUUCAAAGAGCUUGAAGGGGAAGAAUCAGAGCCUCAGGAGAUGGACAUCGAUGAGAUUUUACGUCUGGCUGAAACACGAGAGAACGAAGUGUCCACCAGUGCCACCGACGAGCUCCUCUCCCAGUUCAAGGUGGCCAACUUUGCAACUAUGGAGGAGGAAGAGACAGAACUGGACGAGCGGUCCCAGAAGGACUGGGAUGAUAUCAUUCCAGAGGAGCAGAGGAAAAAGGUGGAGGAGGAAGAGAGGCAGAAAGAAUUGGAGGAAAUCUACAUGUUGCCUCGAAUCCGGAGCUCGACUAAAAAGGCUCAGACAAACGACAGUGAAUCAGAUGCAGAAACUAAGAGAAGGCUUCAGAGAUCGUCUGGAUCAGAAAGCGAAACUGAUGAUACCGAUGAUGAGAAGAGACCAAAGCGCAGGGGGCGUCCUCGGAGCGUUCGAAAAGAUACUGUGGAAGGAUUUACUGAUGCUGAAAUCAGGAGGUUUAUCAAGGCUUACAAGAAGUUUGGACUGCCUCUUGAACGGCUGGAGUGUAUUGCCCGGGAUGCUGAGCUGGUGGAUAAGUCUGUGGCGGAUCUGAAACGGUUAGGGGAACUCAUCCACAAUAGCUGUGUGUCAGCAAUGCAGGAAUAUGAGGAGCAGCUGAAAGAAAACCCAGGUGAAGCAGGCAAAGGACCUGGAAAAAGAAGAGGUCCUACUAUCAAGAUUUCUGGUGUCCAAGUCAACGUGAAAUCCAUCAUCCAACAUGAAGAGGAGUUUGAAAUGCUGCAUAAAUCCAUUCCCACGGACCCAGAGGAAAGGAAGAAGUACCGCCUGACGUGCCGUGUCAAAGCUGCCCAUUUUGAUGUAGACUGGGGAGUGGAGGAGGAUUCUCGCUUGUUAGUGGGAAUUUACGAGCAUGGUUAUGGCAACUGGGAGCUAAUUAAAACAGAUCCGGAAUUGAAGUUAUCUGAUAAGAUCCUACCUGUUGAGACAGAUAAGAAACCUCAGGGAAAACAGCUCCAGACCCGAGUUGAUUAUCUAUUGAAACUGCUGAAGAAAGAUCUGGACAAGAAAGAAAACAUGAAAGAUGGGGAAGAGGGCAAGCUAAAGAAGAGGAAACCACGAGUAAAGAAAGAGAACAAGGCUCCCAAAGUCAAAGACGAGCAUGGGAAUGAGCUCUCCUCUCCUCGGCACUCAGACAACCAGUCAGAAGAAGGUGAAGUCAAGGAGGAUGGCUUGGAAAAGAGCCCAGUGAAAAAGAAACAGAAGAAGAAAGAGAACAAAGAGAACAAAGAAAAACAGACAACCACUAAGAAAGAAAAGGAAAGCGAUAAAGAGAAAAAGAAGACGAAAGACAAGAAAGAGAAGGUACGUACUCUCAGGAGCAGUCGAAGAGAUGUGAAAGUCUCUGAGCAGAAGGGCAAGGAGGUGAAAACUUCCAAGUCUGGAAGUAAAGGGAAGAGAUCGCAAGGUCCUGUCCACAUUACUGCAGGGAGUGAACCUAUCCCCAUCGGAGAAGACGAGGAUGAUGAUCUGGACCAAGAAACAUUCAGCAUAUGCAAGGAAAGGAUGAGACCAGUCAAGAAAGCACUGAAACAACUCGAUAAGCCUGAUAAGGGGCUGACGGUUCAAGAACAGCUGGAGCACACACGCAACUGCCUCCUAAAAAUUGGAGACCGCAUCUCUGAGUGCCUUAAAGCCUACACCGACCAGGAUCAUAUCAAGCUAUGGAGAAGGAACCUAUGGAUAUUUGUGUCAAAAUUCACAGAGUUUGAUGCCAGAAAACUGCACAAGCUCUACAAGAUGGCUCAUAAGAAAAGAUCCCAGGAAGAAGAGGAGCAAAAGAAGAAGGAGGACAUGUCCAGCAUGAAGAAGCCGUUCCGCCCAGAGCCUUCAGGUUCCAGCCGCGAUUCUAUCAUGUCCCAGUCUCACGUGCCUCACAAUCCUCAUUCCCAGAAGAUUCACCUGCCCCCUUCCCAUAGCCAGCAGCAGAUGCAUGGGCACCCGCGUGACAACUAUGGGCAUCCAAACAAGAGACAUUUCAGCAACACAGAUCGAGGAGAAUGGCAGAGGGAUCGAAAGUUCAACUACGGUGGCAACAGCAACCAGAUGUGGGGCGGGGAGCGGCAUCACCAGUACGAGCAGCACUGGUACAAGGACCAUCACUACGGGGAUCGGCGAUCUCGUGGAGAGCCCCACCGCAGCUCCGGGAACUACAGACCAAAUAACCUCUCCCGCAAGAGGCCGUACGAUCAGUACAACAGUGACCGAGACCACAGAGGCCAUCGAGAUUAUUACGACAGGCACCACCACGAUUCCAAGCGUCGACGAUCCGAUGAGUUCAGGCCUCAGAACUACCACCAGCAGGAUUUCCGACGGAUGUCUGAUCACAGGCCACCCAUGGGCUACCAUGGCCAAGGACCUUCGGACCACUACCGGUCCUUCCACACAGACAAAUCGGGAGAUUACAAACAGCCUCUCCCUCCACCUCACUCUGCAGUGUCGGACCCUCGCUCGCCCCCCUCUCAGAAAUCUCCCCAUGAUUCCAAGUCACCUCUCGAUCACAGGUCACCUCUGGAUAGGUCGCUAGAACAGAAAAACAAUCCAGAUUAUAAUUGGAACAUUCGGAAAGCAUAA